CCGCUCCCUCCCUGUCCCGGGCGGGGACCAGGGGGUCCCCGGUUGUGCCCGGUGAACGUCCCGAUCCCUUCCGGUCCCGGUUCCCCCCGGUCCCGAUCCCCCCCGGUCCCGAUCCCCCCCGUUCCGGUCCCUCCCGUUCCCGGUCCCGCCCCGGUCCCGCCCCCGGUCCCUCCUGGUCCCGCCCCCGGUCCCCCCCGGUCCCGCCCCCGGUCCCGCCCCCCCGGUGCCCGGGUUUCACUUUCCGAGAAGCGGCGGCGGUUGCCGGGAACGAACCGAACGGGGAGGGGGGAGAAGGGAACGGACCCCCCCCCCGGAACGGGACCGGAACCGGAGCACAACGGGACCGGAUCAAUCGCCCCGAGUCACUCCGGAACACAACGGGACCGGCACCGGAGCACAACGGGACUGGAACCGGAGCACAACGGGACUGGAUCAAUCACACCGAGUCACUCCGGAGCACAACGGGACCGGCACCGGAACACAACGGGGCCGGAUCAAUCGCCCCGAGUCACUUCGGAGCACAACGGGACUGGAUCAAUCACCCCGAGUCACUUCGGAGCACAACGGGACUGGAUCAAUCACACCAAGUCACUCCGGAGCACAACGUGACCGGAACCGGAGCACAACGGGACCGGAUCAGCCGCCCCAGGACCAGGACCGAGACUGGACUGGAGCACAGUGGGACCGGAUCAAUCACACCGGGUGACACUGGGACCAGGACCGGGACUGGAUUGGGCACAUCGGGAGCAGAACCGGAGCACGCCGGGUGACACCGGAGCACACCGGGACUAGACCAGAUCACACUGGGAGCAGAACCAGGUGACACCGGGUAACACCGGGACUAGACCGGAGCACACCAGGAGCGCACCGGGCACACUGGGAGCAGAACCGGGUGACACCGGGUGACAUCGGGAGCAGAACCGCGGCACAUUGGGUGACACCAGAGCACACCGGGACUAGACCAGAUCACACUGGGAGCAGAACCGGGUGACACCGGGAGCAGAACCAGAGCACACCAGGUGACACUGGGUGACACUGGGAGCAGAACUGGAUGACACCGGGUGACACUGAGUGACACCGGGAGCAGAACCGGAGCACACCGGGUGACACUGAGUAACACCGGGAGCAGAACCGGGUGCCACCGUGUGACACCGGGUGACAGCAGGAGCAGAACCGGAGCACACCGGGUGACACCGGGUGACACCCUGAGCAGAACCAGGUCCCAGCGGGUGACACCGGGUGACACCAGCUGACACCGGGAGCAGAACCGGAGCACACUGGCUCACACCAGAGCACACCGGGACUAGACCGGAUCACACUGGGAGCAGAACCGGGUGACAACGGGAGCAGAACCGGGUGACACCCGGGAGCAGAACCAGAGCACACCAGGUGACACUGGGUGACACUGGGAGCAGAACUGGAUGACACCGGGUGACACUGAGUGACACCGGGAGCAGAACCGGAGCACACCGGGUGACACUGAGUAACACCGGGAGCAGAACCGGGUGCCACCGUGUGACACCGGGUGACAGCAGGAGCAGAACCGGAGCACACCGGGUGACACCGGGUGACACCCUGAGCAGAACCAGGUCCCAGCGGGUGACACCGGGUGACACCAGCUGACACCGGGAGCAGAACCGGAGCACACUGGCUCACACCAGAGCACACCGGGACUAGACCGGAUCACACUGGGAGCAGAACCGGGUGACAACGGGAGCAGAACCGGGUGACACGGGGAGCAGAACCGGGUGACACCGGGUGACAGCGGGAGCAGAACUGAGUGACAGCGGGUGACACCGGGUGACACCGGGAGCAGAACUGGGUGACACCAAGUGACACCGGGUGACACCGGGUGACAAGAUGGGCGCGGGUCCCGCGCGCCGCCUGUUGUCGCUGCUGAGCCCCGAGCGCGGCCGCUGCGCCGUGGUGGCGGCGCUGAUGGCGGCUUCGGUGCUCGGUGAGGUGGCCGUCCCCUACUUCACGGGCCGUGUCACCGACUGGGUGGCCACCGAGGACACGGUUGCCGCGUGGCCAAUGGUGCUGCUGGGGCUCGGCAGCGCCGUCACCGAGUUCGCCUGCGACGUCACCUACACCGGGACCUUGAGGCGGGUGUUGGGGCGCCUCCAGCGCCGGGUGUUCGGCGCGGUGUUGCGGCACGACCUGUGCGCCCUGCGGCUGACGGGGAGCGGCGUGGUGACGGCGCGGGUGACGGGGGACGUGGAGGCCGCCCACGCCGCCGUGGCCGGGACGCUCAGCCUGUUGCUGUGGUACCUGGCCAGGGCUGUGGGUGUGGUGGCCACCAUGGCGUGGUUGUCACCCGCGCUGGCUGUUGUCACCCUCCUGGCGCUGCCGGUGCUGCUGCUGCUGCCCUGGGCGGUCGGCAAGGUGCAGCAGGGGCUGGCGCAGCAGGUGCAGGCGGCGCAGGCCGCGGUGGCCGUGGUGGCCAUGGAGACGCUGGUGGCCAUGGGCACGGUGCGCAGCUUCGCCCACGAGGCCGCGGCGGCCGAGCGGCACCGGCGGCUCCUGCGGCAGCUCCUGCACCUGGAGAGCAAGGACGCCGCCGCCACCGCCGUCGCGCGCUGGGCCGGCGGGUUCUCAGCCCUCGCCCUGAAGCUGGGGCUCCUGUGCUAUGGGGCACGGCUGGUGGCCUUGGGGACAAUCAGCGCCGGGGACCUCGUCACCUUCCUCAUCUACCAGAUGCAGUUCACCGAGGCCGUGGAGGUCCUGUUCCACUAUUACCCCAACAUGGCCAAGGCCGUGGGCUCCUCGCAGAAGGUUCUGGAGUUCCUGGAGCAGGAGAAGCAGGUGACACCCGAGGGGACACUGUCACCCCACGGCCUGCGGGGCCACCUGCGCCUCGAGGACGUCUGGUUCUCCUACCCCGAGCAACAGGAGCCCGUCCUCAAGGUGGCCGCGGUGCCGCAGGAGCCCGUGCUCUUCUCCCGCUCGCUCCACGACAACAUCGCCUACGGCUCGGGGACGUGGGACCGGGCGCAGGUGACAUCGGCCGCGCGCUGCGCCGGCGCCCACGGCUUCAUCGCCCGCCUGCCCCGCGGCUACGACACCGCGGUGGGCGAGCUGGGCGGGCGGCUGUCCGGGGGCCAGCGGCAGGCCGUGGCCAUCGCCCGCGCGCUGGUGCGGGACCCGCGCGUCCUGCUCCUCGACGAGCCCACCAGCGCGCUGGACGCCGACAGCUGCGCGCAGGUGGAGCGGGCGCUGCUGGGCGCGGGGCGCGCGGUGCUGCUGGUGACGGGGCGGGCGGCGCUGGCCGCGCGGGCGCAGCGGGUGGCCCUGCUGGCCGGGGGGCGGCUGCAGCACUUGGGGUCCCCCGGCGAGCUCCUGCGCCCCCACUACCGGCAGCUGCUGGGGGACGGCGGGGGACACCAAGGGACACCGAGGGACAUGGAUGGGGACACCGGGGACAUGGAUGGGGACACUGAGAGUGGGGAUGGAGACACUGGGGAUGUGGAUGGGGACAGGGAUGGGGACACUGGGGACAUGGAUGGGGACACCGGGGACAGAGAUGGGGACACUGAGAGUUGGGAUGGAGACACUGGGGAUGUGGAUGGGGACGCUGGGGACAGGGAUGGGGACACUGGGGACAGGGAUGGGGACGCCGGGGACAGGGAUGGGGACGCUGGGGACAGGGAUGGGGACACCAAGGACAGAGAUGGGGACACCAAGGACAGAGAUGGGGACACUGAGAGUUGGGAUGGAGACACUGGGGACGUGGAUGGGGACACCAAGGACAGAGAUGGGGACACUGGGGACAUGGAUGGGGACACCAAGGACAGAGAUGGGGACACCAAGGACAGAGAUGGGGACAUGGAUGGGGACACUGAGAGUUGAGAUGGAGACACUGGGGACAUGGAUGGGGACACCGGGGACAGGGAUGGGGACACACAGUGGGGAUGGGGACACACAGCGGGGAUGGGGACAAUGGUGUCUAGGACAGGGACACAAGGAGCAGGGGUGGGGACACCAAGGAAGGGGACACCCCAAACCAGGGUGGGGACACCGAGGGGUGACAGAUGGAAAUAAACCCUCUUGUUUGUA